UGGUCUUACACUUUAGAGAAGCCAAACACCGGCAGCAUAUAUAAUAUUGCUUGGUCUAUUGAUGGCACUCAACUAGCUGGAGCAUGUGGUAAUGGACAUGUCAUUUUUGCCCAUGUUGUGGAGCAGCGCUGGGAGUGGAAGAGCUUUGAAAUAACUUUAAUUAAGAGAAGAACCAUGGAGGUGCACAAUGUCAUUAAUGAUGCAGUAGAUCUGUUGGAAUUCCGUGACAGAGUUAUUAAGGCUUCCUUAAACUAUGGGCAUUUGGUUGUUUCAACUUCUCUUCAGUGUUACGUGUUUUCUGUAAAGAACUGGAAUACACCACUGAUCUUUGACCUGAAGGAAGGAACAGUUAGUUUGAUUCUUCAAGCAGAAAGGCAUUUUCUUCUUGUAGAUGGUGGAGGACUUUACUUAUAUUCAUAUGAAGGAAGAUUUAUUUCCUCUCCAAAAUAUCCAGGAAUGAGAACAGACAUUUUAAAUGCCCAGACAGUAUCUCUGAGUAAUGAUACUCUAGCAGUAAAAGACAAAGCUGAUGAAAAGGUUAUUUACAUAUUUGAAGCUUUAUCUGGAAAGCCACUGGGUGAUGGAAAGCCUCUAACUCAUAAGACAGAAAUUGUGGAGAUAGCUUUAGACCAGAAAGGACUUACAAGUGAAAGAAAAAUAGCUUUUAUUGAUAAGAACAGAGAUCUUUACAUUACUUCAGUUAAACGGUUUGGAAAAGAACAGAAGAUUGUCAAAAUAGGGACGAUGGUUCAAACUUUGGCUUGGAAUGACACGUCUAAUAUUCUUUGUGGGAUUCAAGAUACCCGUUUUACAGUCUGGUACUACCCCAACACAGUCUAUGUAGAUAAAGAUCUUUUGCCAAAAACUCUGUAUGAAAAUGAGGCAAGUGAAUUUAGCAAAAAUCCCCAGAUUGUGCAUUUUAUAGGAAAUCUAAUAACAAUUAGAAGAGCAGAUGGUUCACUUAUUCACCUUAAUAUUUCACCUUAUCCUGCGAUUCUUCAUGAAUAUGUUAGUAGUUCUAAAUGGGAAGAUGCUGUUAGACUGUGUCGCUUUGCAAAGGAUCAAACUCUGUGGACAUGUUUAGCUGCUAUGGCAGUUGCCAACAAAGAGAUGGCUACAGCAGAAAUCGCCUAUGCAUCAAUUGGUAAGAUUGACAAAGUUCAGUAUAUCAAUUCCAUCAAAGAUCUUCCAUCAAAAGAGUCAAGGAUGGCUCAUAUGCUGCUCUUCAGUGGAAACACCCAAGAAGCUGAAACCCUGCUUCUUCAGACAGGCCUUAUUUAUCAAGCUAUUCAAGUCAACAUUAAUCUUUACAAUUGGGAUAGGGCCCUAGAACUAGCAGUAAAGCACAAGACACAUGUCGACACAGUGCUGGCUUAUCGACAAAAGUUCCUAGAGGACUUUGGUAGAAAAGAAACAAACAAAAGAUUUUUGCAAUAUGCGGAAGGUCUGGAAGUUGAUUGGAAUAAAAUCAAAGCCAAAAUAGAGAUGGAAAUUGCUAAAGAAAGAGAACGAGCAGCAGCCAGUCCCGCGGUGAGAGCUAGUGUAACUGUACAGCAAUAACUGUCCUUUUGGUCACCUUCAUAAGUGCUUCUUGAAUAUUUUGUACUGGCAUAUUUUCAUAAACAUUAAAAAGCCACAACAAACAUUUUGUGGGGAACAGGAGUGAGAAUCAGUGCAGGUCUUGUUAAUU